GUCAGUGUGGUCAUAAAGAGGUUGUGGAAAUAUUGAUUAGGGAAAAAGCCAACAUUGACGCAUUGACUGAAAAUAAGUGCACACCUCUUCAUGUAGCAUGCGAUAAUGGCCAUAAAGAGGUUGUGGAAAUAUUAGUUAGGGAAAAAGCCAACAUUGCCGCAUUGACUGAAAAAAAGUGCACACCUCUUCAUUUAGCAUGCGGUAAUGGCCAUAAGGAGGUUGUGGAAAUAUUGAUAAAGGAAAAAGCCAACAUUGCCGCAUCGGCUGAAAAAAAGUUCACACCUCUCCAUUUAGCAUGUCAGUAUGGUCAUAAAGAGGUUGUGGAAAUAUUGAUUAGGGAAAAUGCCAACAUUGAAGCAUUGGAUCAAGAUAACUGGACACCUCUUCAUUGGGCAUGCAUGUAUGGUUAUAAAGAGAUUGUGGAAAUAUUGAUUAGGGAAAAAGCCAACAUUGCCGCAUCGGCUGAAAAAAAGUUCACACCUCUCCAUUUAGCAUGUCAGUAUGGUCAUAAAGAGGUUGUGGAAAUAUUAGUUGGGGAAAAAGCCAACAUUGACGCAUUGAUUGAAAAUAAGUGCACACCUCUUCAUUUGGCUUGCGAGAAUGGCCAUAGAGAGGUUGUGGAAAUAUUAGUUAGGGAAAAAGCCAACAUUGACGCAUUGGCUGAAAAAAAGUUCACACCUCUUCAUUUGGCUUGCAAGAAUGGCCAUAAAGAGGUUGCGGAAAUAUUAAUAAGGGAAAAUGCCAACAUUGACGCAUUGAUUGAAAAUAAGUGCACACCUCUUCAUUUGGCUUGCCAGAAUGGCCAUAAAGAGGUUGUGAAAAUGUUUGUUAGGGGAAAUGCCAACAUUGAGGCAUUGGCUGAAAAUAAGUUCACACCUCUUCAUGUGGCUUGCCAGAAUGGCCAUAAAGAGGUUGUGAAAAUAUUAAUUAGGGGAAAUGCCAACAUUGACGCAUUGACUGAAAAUAAGUCCACACCUCUUCAUGUGGCUUGCCAGGAUGGCCAUAAAGAGGUUGCGGAAAUAUUAAUUAGGGAAAAUGCCAACAUUGACGCAUUGACUGAAAAUAAGUUCACACCUCUUCAUGUGGCUUGCAAGAAUGGCCAUAAAGAGGUUGUGAAAAUAUUAAUUAGGGGAAAUGCCAACAUCCACGCAUUGGAUGAAAAUAAGUGCACACCUCUUCAUUUAGCAUGUAUGUGUGGUCAUAAAGAGGUUGUGGAAAUAUUGAUUAGGGAAAAUGCCAACAUUGCUGCCUUGGCUGAACAUAAUUGCACACCUCUUCAUUUAGCAUAUCUGAUUGGUUAUAAAGAGAUUGUGGAAAUAUUAAUAGACCAUUUCCGUCAAAAAUGUUUAAGUGCUCUUCGGCUUUCCGACAAUUAACAUACUUUCCCAAAAAACCCACAUGCCACCGACAAACAGACGUAACACUUCUAACAUUUUUCAAUUCAAAACAUAGUCAUGGAAACAUGAACGCCCCAUGCUCAAAGGACUGAGUUUGGCCAUCCAUCCACUAGGUGGCGAUAGUGGGCAAACGUCAAACUCGAACGAAAACAAUGCGAGCGUCAUGAAUGGCCAGUUAGCCAACUAAAAUUUAAUUAGACCGUUUAAUCGGUGUACGAUGGGAAUUAGAAGAGUGUCGCGUCUGUUUGUCGAAGUUUCUGUCUAUUGAGAAACAAUGAAACAUAUGCUAAGUAGCACUUCAGCACCAGUCUCCUAUAUUUAUUUUUCCACAAAACUCGAUGAACCCGUUUCUCCUUUACGACUUUCUCGGAGAGAUGCGGAGAAUUUCCAACCAGCUGGCCGUCAAUUAUGACGUUUGAUAUUCUUAGUUUUGAUCUGCUCCCAUCCGCGCCGGCCGCCCUCGAAACGAUGACGGCUUGGAAGAUUUCCGCGAAAAUUACGAAUGGGCUCGUACGUUUUCAAUCAAAGCAUGUUCAUAUUUAUGUUUGCUAGAACUUAAGAAAUUACAGUGCCGAUUCGUUCAUUGGCUGCUCGUUAAAUGGGCUGUCUCAAUGGUUGGAUGUUCACUGGUUGGGGCAUAACCCAACUUAAAAGCACUGUCAAUGUCAAAAUGAGUUUGACGUCUGACCGCCGUCGCAUCUCAUCUAUUAUGUAUUUAUACAGGAUGUUUGUGCAAGUCUGCGAGUGUUUCGUGACGUAUUUCUCGACACUUGCGUGUGUCUAGAGCAUUUUGAUCAGUUGCCAGUUGCGCCCAACGAACGAACACGAUUCGCUAAUCGAGGCGCAGUAGUGACCCAACCAGCGAAUCCAGGCUGUAUUGAACCAAUUCCCUGACAAGUCAGCGAUGAAAUGAUGAACAGAAAUAUUAAUUAAGAAAUGAGCCAACAUUGACGCAUUCACCCAAAAGAAGACCACACCUCUUGAUUUGGCAUGCCAGAAUGGUCAUAAAGAGUUGAAAAAAUAAUAAGAGAAAAGCCAACUUUGCUGCUCGUAAGGGGAGUGCACAGUUAGCUAACAUACCACGCAACAUACCCUAUUUUCUCUAGAGUUUUGUUGAGAGUAUUCUUUUUCUAGUUCCUCGAGGUAUUUUCAUUUUUUUUUUUUCAUUACAUUUCUUGGGAGAUUUGUUUUGUAAAAUCAACUAUGUCUCCACAGGCGUAACUCUUCAUACAUUUUGCGAUUCAAAUCAUAGUUCGCCUAACGCUAAACUUCCGUAAUUCUGUAAAGUGACGUAAGCGCCAUCAGGCUUGUCCGCACUGAGCGCAUGAAAAUUCUGCUCUUUUGAUUUACACCGCCAAAACCACCGUAUUUAUGCAAUCUUCCUAUCUUACCUGAUAGCAAGAUGUUUGAAUAUCCUAAAUGUCAUUUCAAACUGUCAAAAAAUCGCACUGCAGUGCCGCACUGAGCGUGCAAAGAGAAAUUCACUGGGGUGAAUUCACCCGGGUGAAAUUCCCUUUGCACGCACAGUGUGGAACUGCGGUGCAAUUUUUUGACAGUUCGAAAUGACAUUCAGGAUAUUUCAACAUCCUUCUAUCAGGUGAGAUAAGAAGAUGGAAUAAAUACGAUGGUUUAGGGGAUGUAAAUCAAAAGAGCAGAAUUUUCAUGCGCUCAGUGCGGACAAGCCUGAGCGGCAUUCAAAAUGCCGAUAUUUUUCGGUAUAUUAUAUAUAAUAUCUGGUGUAAAAAUAACACUGUGGUAUGUCUGCUGUAUUAUAAUGCAAGAUCUAGUCGUAAUCUAUCAUCUAUGGAAAGAAACUUAGAGGAUGAGCAAGAGUUUUAUGCAUAAUAACCAAAAAAUGGGCCAAAACUAUCAAUGUCGCUUACGUCACUUUGCAGAAUUACGGCAGUAAAAGGACCGAGCUUAGCCUGGUAUCACCAUCCAUGAACUAAGUGGCGGAACAAAAACGAUGCGAGCGCCACGGUAGGACAGUUUACCAACUAUCUGUUUCUUAAGUAGACCAUUUAAUCAGUGUUCGAUGAUAAUUAUUAGAGUGUUACGUCUGUUCGUCUGUGGUGUCUCACUGUUUCUAAGCAUUGCACUAGGGUGAUUUCAGGCUUUCCGCAGGAAUUCCUGAGAUGUCCGAAGUCCGGAGUUUGCUUCGAAAGCAUGUCAAUCAACUCCACAAACGAUUCUUUCGAAAAAUUUAUCGAAGGGAUUCUUUGAAAAUUCAUCCAGUGAAUGCUUGUGGAAUUACUCCACGGAUUUCUGUUGUCAUUACAUACUUGGAGUAAUUCGUGAUAGAAGUACUGCCAUAGACUAAUGUCGGCUGCAUUCCUGAAGCAAUUCUUGGAUGUUUUUCCCCAACAAUUGGGAUUAUUUCUGAAUAGAUUUGUCGAAAAAAAAAACUAUGCAAGUCGGAGAAACCGUUCAAUGUAUGGUGGGUACCUGAGAGAGUUCGACUGAUAUGUGACAAAUCUAAAUCAGUCGUUUUGAUUCCCCACGACGGCAGCGCCGUUAAAAGUAGCCAAAAACUAAAUAUUGCUGAAGGAGUUUCAGGAGGUAUUUCUAAGGCUCCCUUCAAUGUAUCAAUCUGUUGAACUUCUUCCAAAUUCAAACUACCAAAUUUUGGGUCGAUUUUACCCCAAAUUGAGUGUAAACUCGUUACCCGAAAUUAAGUUGUUUUCCCUCUUUUUUCCACCGAUGUUGUCAGAAAUAAACAGAGAUGCGUCUAUCCAACGGGGAUCCUUGAGCCCAAUAAGCCAAUUUUGGGUAAAUGUAGAUUCACUCAAAUUUUAGUGAAAUGAGGAGUUUGCCGGUUCUGAAAUCGUCAGAUAAACUUUAUGAUGUUGCAGCAGAGAUUGUGAAUUUCUUUGGCCACUUCGCCACUUGUUCCAUGGUCGAUUCGUCAUCCAGUUUCAAACGUCCUUUUUUUGACGAACCUCGUCCAUUUUAGUCUUCUUGCUGUCACUUUUGCACAAAAUACCUCGUUUUUGAUACGAACUUUACCGAAAUAGUACCUUUCUAUAGAGCUUGCUUACAAUUUAAGAUGUACCGUGGCAAACCCAAAGUGAAAGCUUCGCUGUUCACUAGCGCCAUGUGACAGUGGAAUUAAAAAUUAAAUCGGGUUUUUUCAGGGGUGUAAGUUGACUGUCAACUGGGAACAAAUUACGCCUACCAUCUAUCAUGUUUUAGAACCAGUAAAAAGACGUAACUACCAAACAAGAAAAGUUCAAUUUUCGAUUACAAAACUAAAUUUAAUACCGUUUCAACAUGUUAAAAGCAAGUCAGUAUGUGAUUUGAACAUAAAGAUAAAUAUAUUCAGCAUAUUAGAUUGUAAAAUUUCAUUCCGAAAAAAUCAGUGUUCUGUUUUCACCAUUAUGAAAUAUUAGCCUCUACUCUCGCAUGUUUUUGUUGUUGCUUUGUUUGAAGAGCGAAAAUCGCCGAAAAAUUUAAAUCUCCCUAGGCGAUUAUUUUUCUCAAAUGAAAAGAUAAUUGAACACUAUGACUCAAGAAAUAUCGAUAAUUACCGAAAACACUGAUCAUAAGCAUCUAAAUCGAGAGAAAAACACUAAUGUUUGUGCCAAUGUUGAUGUUUAUAAAACCAUUAAACAAAGGAUGUUUACAAAUUAGCACCAACAGUAGAUGGCGCGCAGGUGGUCAUGUUUAGGUGGGCGUAGAGGGUGGGACCUUACACCCCUGGAUUUUUUAAAUGUUUGAUUUUCUAUUUACUUUUUUUUGAUAACUUUAUACGAAAGAGCACCCUUUUCUGAGCCACUAUGAUUUUUUCCGAUUUCUAACCACGUAUCCGUGCGGUUGGGGUCACUAAGUUUCUAAUCGCACCAUGCUUUGGGGUGAGGCUCGAUUCCCGCUGCGGGUGAAAAAAAAACUCUUCGUGAGGAUAGUUUUUUCUCCGUAUCCACUGGUCCAUGCUCAGUGUGCCUCUUGUCUAGUGGUUGAGUUUCGUUCAGUUUGUACUGCGUCAUAUUCUUACCUCAUAUUUACGGCGUGAAAGCUAAAUAUGACUAGGGGUGAUUCAGAAAAUCGCUUCCAUACAAACUUCAAAUUAAUGUUAAAAUAGGUUGCCGGACACCAAAGUUCAUGAAUAACUUAUUUAUCAUUGUUUCAACACCGCAAAAGAAGCCUAUCCACAAGACGUUCGAAAUCAGCUGAUUCCCCAAAACUGUCUAAGACCUCUGUCGUAGUUGAUUAUGCCUGCACCAAAAUACCCAGCUACAGCUUAUUGUACAGCAUUCAAAAGCGUUUACUAAUCAGGGAGCGCAACACUAUCUGUUAUUUAUUGCAGUUUCUGUAGAUAAAGUAGUUGUUAGGAAAUUUUCAAACUGUGAAUAAUAUACAACAAUUGUGAGAUUGUGCGUAAGUAACAAAUGCAGCCUUCGAACAUUGUAUAAAACUUGAAAUAAAAUACUAAGUCUAAUACUAAAAUAAAAGUCUUCUAUGAAAA